UCCAAYAUGGCGGACGAAGUGACUGGAAUUUCCAAGUUUUGAGACGUACUUUUUUUCACAAUAGCAUUUUAUCACCCAAAAAAUAACUCUCCAAGAGAUAUUCCCGUGAAAAUGAAGUCUCGCUUUAGCACACUUGAUCUUUGUGCAUCGGUUACUGAGUUAAAUCAAAGACUYGUUGGGAUGCGUGUCAUUAAUAUCUAUGACAUCGACAACAAGACUUAUCUUAURAAACUACAAAAGCCAGAUGAAAAGGCAAUGUUGUUAAUAGAGUCAGGGAAUAGAAUGCACACUACAGAAUUUGAAUGGCCAAAGAAUACAUUCCCUUCAGGAUUUGCAAUAAAAUUGAGGAAACACUUGAAACAAAAACGUCUCGUAGCUUUGACUCAGUUGGGCAUUGACAGAAUAGUUGACCUGCAGUUUGGUUCUGAAGAUUUUGCUCAUCAUUUGAUUGUUGAGUUCUAUGACAGAGUUAAAAGAGAUUCUAACAGAAAUCAUGACCAGUAAAAAAGGAGAACCAUUAAAGAAGGCUUUGAAUCCUUAUUUUAUUUAUGGGCAYGUGCUGCUGGAGCACUGUCUGAAUGCAGUUGGUUUUCCUUCUGCUAUCAAAGUUGGUAAUGAAUUUUGCAGUGAACAAGAACUUUCUAAAGUAAUGGGUGCGCUUGYAAUGGCAGACUCAUUUAUUGAUCAAGCACAGGCACAAGUUUGUAAGGGCUAUAUUAUACAGAAGAAAGAGAAAAAACCUAGUACGAUGUUAGUUGGCUCUWCAAGUGAAGUGACUGAAAUAAUCACUUUUCAAGAGUUCCAUCCAUUUCUUCUAAGUCAACAUGCAUCCGGUUYGUACAGCGAGUUCCCUUCAUUUGAUAAGGCUGUAGAUGAGUUUUUCUCCAACAUUGAAAGCCAGAAGAUUGACGUCAAAGCCUUAAACCAAGAGAAAGUAGCUCUGAAGAAAGUAGAAAAUGUCAAACUUGACCAUGAAAAGAGGCUYAAAGAGUUGAGAUCUGUACAGGAUUAUGAUGUUAAAAAAGCUGAAUUAAUUGAAGUAAAUUUACCACUUGUUGAUCAGGCCAUACAAAUCGUCAACAGUGCUAUUGCUAACCAAAUUGACUGGACCGAAAUCAAGAAUAUCGUUAAAGAAGCCCAGAUGCAGGAAAAUCCUGUGGCRUGUGCCAUUAAAGAACUCAAGCUGGAGACAAACCACAUCACAUUGAUGUUGAGAAACCCCUUUGAUGAGUCAGAUUCUGAAGAGGAWGAUGAAAGGGAAGAAAAUGAAAAAAAGAAGGCAAAGAAAAAGGGAAGUAAGGGCUGGAAAAUCGACAUAAAUUUGGCUCUUUCAGCUUAUGCAAAUGCUCAAAGUUUUUACAAAAAGAAAAAGCAAUCGGCUGUGAAGGAGCAGAGGACUAUUGAUCAAUCACAACAGGCUUUGAAGUCAGCGCACAAAAAAGCUAAACAGACAAUAAAAGAAGUAGCAACAACAACAAGUAUUCGUAAAGCCAGGAAAACAUAUUGGUUUGAAAAGUUCCGAUGGUUUAUCAGUUCAGAGAACUACUUGGUUAUUGGCGGACGAGACCAGCAACAGAAUGAAUUGAUAGUCAAACGACAUCUUACACCAGGUGAUAUUUACGUCCAUGCUGAUCUACACGGAGCAAGCAGUGUUAUAGUGAAAAACAAGCCCGAUAAACAACCCAUCCCACCAAAGACACUCCAGGAAGCAGGCGCCAUGGCUGUAUGUAACAGCGCGGCUUGGGAUAGUAAGUUUGUCACGUCUGCAUGGUGGGUCUACCAUGAGCAGGUGUCCAAGACAGCACCCACAGGCGAGUACCUGACGACUGGUAGCUUCAUGGUCAGAGGCAAGAAGAACUUCCUUCCCCCAACGCAUCUCAUCAUGGGUUUUGGCUUCCUUCUUCGCCUGGAUGAAUCGUGUAUUGAGAAUCACUUGAAUGAAAGAAGAGUUCGUGGAAUGGAAGAGGACAGUGAAUCUAUUGCUGAUUCGAACGCUGAUACCGAACUAGACGAAGAACUACCUCUGGAUGACAUAGACAGCGACACCGAAUCUACGAACCAAGAAACCGAAGCCCAAAACAAAGUAGAAACAUCAGAGAAAGAUAUCGACGAUGAAGAGGAAGGAGAAUCGCUUUAUCCCGACACCAGUAUUGGACURAAGAUUGUUAGUGGAAAGAUUAAGUUGAAUCGAGAAAGGAGCACGUCAAGUAGCGUACAGGAAGAUGACGAACAAGAGAUCUUUCUUGGUGAUGACAGAAAACUGAACCUCCGAGAAAACAAAGAAAAGGCGUCUCUUGUUGCMCAGCAACGGAUGUCCAAGACCAAAUCAGAAGAAAAGGGAAAGUCAAAGAAAAAGAAACAGCAGCAGCAAGAAAAAGUUGACGACGAACAGGCAAAACAAAUAGCACAGUCUCAGAAAAAAGAGCAGCCACAACAACAAAAGAGAGGACAAAAGGCAAAGCUGAAUAAAGUAAAAGAAAAGUAUGGCGACCAGGAUGAGGAUGAAAGAAGAAUGAGAAUGGAAAUCUUGGCUUCUGCUGGUGAGAAGAAGGARACAAAAGCUGAUAAAAGACGACAAAAAAAGCAGAACAAAGCAGACAGAAGCUCACGUCCUGCCACCAGCAAUAAGAAGAACCCUAGRCAACCAAACAUUACUCCGUUACCAUGGGAACAAGACCAGCUUCAAACCGAGGGUGCGGAGGGAACUGGGGCGAGUGGGCAAGACGCUGAAACGACAAAAGUUGAAUCAGAAAGAUCUGAGGUGAAAGACAACAAACCAAUCGAGGGUGCUGUUGGUGUUGAUGACGACGAAGAUGAGGAUGAGGACAUGGAAUCGAAGGAAUCCAAGGAGAGUGUAUCUUUAGUUGAUACCUUGACUGGGUGCCCUUUACAAGACGAUACAUUGUUGUUCGCUGUACCCGUGUGUGCGCCGUACUCGGCCAUGACUAACUACAAAUUUAAAGUAAAAAUGACACCAGGACAAACGAAAAAAGGAAAAGCGGCCAAGAUAGCCUUGAAUGCUUUUAUCCAAUCAAAAGAGGCCAAUCAGCGUGAGAAGGACUUGCUCAAGAGCGUCAAG